UUAUUUAUGUUUGUAGUGGAUCUCCUUGGUAAGAAGCCAUGCUGAAGUCGUUAUAAAUGAUGAGAUUAUUUUUCCAGUUUUUAAGAAAUUAUGCAAGGUACACAAUUAGCCGUUCUAUGUCUUUGGUUUCACUAAAUAUUAGAUGCUCAUUUCUGUCAAUUUUCAUUUUUGAAGGAUUAUGGAACUGACUGCUUUUUGUAUUGACCAUAUCUCAUUAACAUGCUAUUGUAGUGAAAUUAAACCAAUCCAGAUUGUAGUAUGCAAUCUAUAAGAUUACUUUGUUUUCUCCGAUUGGUUUGUUAUUGCUCACUUCUAUAUUAUGGAAUUAAUGUGCAUGGAAAGUAAAAGUUGCACAUAUAGAACUACGGAAGCUAAAAAUGGUGUUAUCCUCUUUCUUUAUAUCUCUACUCUUCUCUGAAUAUUCUUUACUGGGUGCUAGGAUACCAUGUUAAUUCUUUACGAAAUUCUACAGGCUGCAAAGGAAGCUGCUGCUUUCCGAGAAGACAAAAUCAAGUUGGAAAAGGAAGUUGAAGAGCUCACUUUGCACCUGCAGCUUGAGAAACAAAUGAGGUCUGAUCUUGAGAAAGAGAUACAGCUACAGUCACAGGAAAAUGUAUAAUUAAAGUCUGCCUUGGAAGAGAUACACCUCCAGUUCCAGGAAACAAAGGCAUUGCUAAUCAAGGAACGUGAGGCUGCAAAGAAUGUGGCCAAGCAUGUUGCUGUCAAUGAAAGUGAGGCUGCUAAGAAAAUGGCUGAACAAUCUGUCACUCAAGAGGUCCCUGCUUUCACUAGAAUAUUUUUAGGACAGGAGUCUUACACAGGUACAGAUUAUAGAGUGUAUAGGGAAAUUUUUAGGGCUUAUUCAAGGCGAUAGAC